AUGGAAUUCUUUAUCACUGUGGCUGCAUACCCUCGUAAAAGAAAAGAAACAUCAACUUCUGUUCAUCCUCAUAGAGAAAAUCUAUCGCCAGAACAAGCACAGCCUUUUUCUAAGACAAAGACGCAGCAUAAGCCACAUUCUCAACCGCCGCAACGAACACAUCCAGAGAAUAUAAUAAGCCAAACGGUUGGUAAUUAUAAGAAGGAUGAAGAAAACAAGAAUAUUGCAGCUCAAACUUUCACUUUCAGAGAACUUGCAACUGCUACAAAGAAUUUCCGCCAAGAAUGUUUAAUAGGUGAAGGUGGAUUUGGAAGAGUUUACAAAGGUCACCUUGAUAGAACUGGCCAGGUUAUAGCAGUGAAACAGCUUGACCGUAAUGGAUUACAAGGAAAUAGAGAAUUUCUUGUAGAGGUGUUGAUGUUGAGCCUUCUUCACCACAAUAAUCUUGUUAACCUCAUUGGUUAUUGUGCUGAUGGAGAACAAAGACUUCUAGUUUAUGAGUAUAUGCAACAGGGAGCCCUUGAGGAUCAUCUAUUUGACGUUUCAGCAGAUAGAAGUCCAUUAGAUUGGUUUACAAGGAUGAAAAUAGCAUCAAAUGCUGCAAAGGGUCUAGAAUAUUUACAUCAUAAAGCAAAUCCACCAGUCAUAUAUAGAGACUUGAAAUCCUCAAAUAUUUUAUUGGAUAAAGAGUACAAUGCUAAAUUAUCAGAUUUUGGUUUAGCAAAACUUGGACCAAUGGGUGAUAAUUCCCAUGUUUCUUCCAGAGUUAUGGGAACUUAUGGUUAUUGUGCUCCAGAAUAUCAAAGAACAGGACAACUUUCUGUUAAAUCAGAUGUUUAUAGCUUUGGUGUUGUUUUAUUGGAGCUAAUUACUGGAAAAAGAGCUGUUGAUCCUACAAAAAAUGGACAUGAACAGAUUUUAGUUGCUUGGGCGGAACCAAUUUUCAAAGACACAAGUAGAUAUUCAGAACUGGCAGAUCCAUUAUUUAAAGGAGAUAUCCCAAAAAGAAGUUUUAAUCAAGCGGUUGCGAUUGCUGCCAUGUGUCUACAAGAGGAUCCAACCGUUCGUCCAUCGAUCAGUGACGUGGUCACUGCUCUCACUUUCCUUUGGGCCGAAUCGGGUAAGGGAUUCGGGUCACCAGUUUCUCCGGUUUCUCCCUCAUUGCCCGUUUCAUCGUCUGAUAAUGAAGAAAGUCAUGAAGAAAAUAAGAUUACAGAACGAGAGAGAGCAGUUGCAGAAGCCAUUGAAUGGGGUUCGAACUCAAGAACCCAAAAUGAAAGAUUACCAUAAUUUUCACGUAUGUAAAAUUUU